AUGUCGGGAGUCAAUGCAGCGCAGAAAACGCAGGUCAUGAACCAAGUGCGAUCUGAACUAGCUCAACAGAACUUUCAGGAACUACUAGCACGCAUCAACACAAAAUGCUUUGAGAAAUGUGUGUUGAAGCCUGGAUCUCGACUAGAUACCACUGAAACGACUUGUCUUAGUCGCUGUGUAGACACGUAUAUUCAAACCUGGAAUCUGGUGUCUACCACAUAUCUAAGGAGGUUGCAACGAGAAUCGGGAAACGCACGCUGA